UUCGAUGAGGGACGGACAGACUUCCCCGUGGACCUGGAGCGGGGGCUGGAUGUGGCUGAGCUCACCCAGCUGCUCCGCGUCCACAGCCUGGAGCUGGUGAUGGAGUUCACCAAUGAGACCUCCGACCAGAUCUUCAGUGCUAAGAUCCCCCACCACAUGCUGCUCUUCCUCAACAAGUCAUCAUCAGCACAGCUGGGGCUGCAGGAUGGCUUCCGGGCAGCUGCCAGCACCUUUCGGGGCAAGGUGCUCUUUGUGGUGGUGGACGUGACUGGGUAUGGCGCUCCUGUCCUGCCUUUCUUUGGUCUGACGCCUGCCGACGCCCCCACCCUGCGCCUAAUCAAGAUGGAGAACAACCGCAAGUACCGGAUGGAGCAGGACGCCUUCUCGUACAUGGCUAUACGCACCUUUGUCCAGGCGGUGCUGGACGGCAAGGUGAAGCCCCACCUGAUGAGUGCAGAGCCCCCGGAGGACUGGGACACGCGGCCUGUUAAAGUCCUGGUGGGGAAGACCUUUGAGCAGGUGGCAUUCGAUGAGACCAAGAACGUCUUUGUCAAGUUCUACGCGCCGUGGUGCUCCCACUGCCAGGAGAUGGCUGCCGCCUGGGAGGAGCUGGGUGAGCGCUACAAGGACCACGAGGACAUCGUCAUUGCUGAGUUGGAUGCCACAGCCAACGAGAUGGAGAACAUCACCAUCCAUGGCUUCCCCACCCUGCAUUACUUCCCUGCGGGGCCGGGCAGGAAGAUGGUUGAAUACAAGAGCACCAGAGACGUGGAGACCUUCUCCAAGUUCCUGGAAAAUGGGGGGACGCUGCCUGAGGUGAGCGAGGUGUCCCCACCUGAGGGCCAGGGACCCCCACCCACCCCAGGGCAGCCUCCAGCCUCUGCUGGGCAGGUGGACAGAUCCUGUGGGAUGGGGACAGGCAGGGUGGUGUGCCCGUCCCUGCCUCACUGCUGCCUUCUCCAGGUGCCCAAGCCCCUCAAGAACAGCACGGGCAUGGAGGAGCCAAGUCCACUUGGGAUGGCCGAGUCCCGGGAUGAGCUGUGA